AUGUCGCACGAACGCAAGAACAGUCUGUGGACACCCACAACGCCGAAAGCGGCGCAAACCCCUCAGCUGCUGUCUGGCAAGUCCAUGAUAAUCACCGGCGGUGUCACUGGAAUCGGCCGCGCCAUAGUACUGGGAUAUCUCCAACAUGGCGCAAACGUCGCAGUGAACCACUUUGGCGACGACAAGUCCGCAUCCCAGUACCAAACCCUCGUUGAGGAGGCAGCUAAGACCCUAGAAGUCAGCAAGGAGGAUGUAGAGAAGAGAAUGGUACAAGUGCCAGGUGACGUAGGAAACCCAGAGACAGGCAAGAAGUUGGUAGAAGCAGUGGUACAAAGAUGGGGGCGAUUGGAUGUAGUGAUAAGUAAUGCGGGCAUCUGCGAGUUCAAGGAGUUCUUGGAAAUCACACCAGAUCUCUGGAACUCGACCCUCACUACAAACCUCACCGGCGCAUUCCACACCAUUCAAGCUGGCGCAAAACAAAUGUCCACCCAAUCGCCCCCGGGUGGCUCCAUCAUCGGUAUUUCCUCCAUCAGCGCCCUCGUUGGCGGCGCAUACCAAGGCCACUACACACCUACAAAAGCUGGUGUACUCUCCCUCAUCCAGUCCUCCGCAUGCGCACUAGGAACACACAACAUCAGAUGUAAUGCGCUGCUACCUGGCACAAUCAAGACACAGCUCAACGAGAAGGAUCUCGAGGACGAGGAGAAGCGGAAGUACAUGGAAGGCAGGAUACCUUUGGGCAGGACAGGCAUACCAAGUGAUCUCGCCGGGCCAGCAAUCUUCCUAGGAAGUGAUCUGAGCAGCUACGUGAACGGUGCACAACUUUUGGUCGAUGGAGGACUAUUCGUAAACCUACAAUGA